AUGUCCCACGAUGAGAUCGAACAGUCUGAGAAGCCGGAGCCGAGCAGCGACGGCCGGCCCGAAACCCCGGACUUGGUGCCGACAACUUCCAAUGCGGAGAAGAGUGGCAGUAUUGUGCCAGCCGUCGAUGUCAACGAUGCUGGUCUAAGCCGCCAAGACACCGAGGCUAUUUACAACAGGUUCACGCCAGCCAAGAAGAGGCUCGUAACAGCGGUUGUGGCGUGCGGUGGGAUUGCGUCGACAGUCUCCUCCUUGUUGCUUCUGGCUGCCAUCCCCGAAAUUGCUGCCGAUCUCGACACAACUGGAACUACCAUCAAUGUCAGCAACGCCAUCUACGUUUUAUUCAUGGGUAUAUGCACCCUCUUCUGGGGCCCCAUCAGUCAAGUGUACGGUCGGAAAUGGCCAUGCAUUAUUUCAGCGUGUACCUUCUUUGCCUUCAAUGUAGGAACGGCCCUGUCGCCAAACCUCGCAGCAUUUUUCGUCUUCCGUAUGUUUUCGGCGUUCACGGGUACGGCAUAUCUGGUGCUCGGCUCCAGCUGCAUCGGCGACAUUUACAAGCCCACGGAACGGGGCACCGCACUUGCAUUCUUUCUCAAUGGCACUCUCAUCGGUCAGAGCUUCGGACCAUUCAUCGGCGGCGUUAUGGUGAACUUCCAUAGCUGGAGAUCAUUGUUUUGGUUCCAGUCUGCUCUUGCCGGACUCACGGCAAUCCUUGCGGUGGCAUUCCUCCCAGAAACCAGCCACCGACUGCGCUCCGACGAGUUGAAGGGAUUGAGCACCAAGGCGAAGGUAGCCCAGGUCUGGGACUGGGCAAACCCGUUCCGUGUACUAGCUCUAUUGCUGAUACCUAAACUCUUCGUGGCUGGAGUGGCUGCUUCAGCCUUGGUUUGGAACAUGCAAGCAUUGCUCACUCCUAUCCGAUACGUCAUCAACCCUAGGUUUAACCUCACGUCGCCGCUCGAAUCAGGACUAUUCUUCCUCGCACCAGGAUGUGGCUUCUUCUUUGGCACGUAUGCCGGAGGACGCUGGGCAGACCGAACCGUCAAGCACUGGAUCAACAUCAGGGGUCGUAGAGUCCCCGAGGACCGUCUGAGGAGUUCAUUUGUGGCUAUGGGAGCUGUGAUCCCUAUUUGUAUCAUCGUCUACGGCUGGUCCAUUGAGAAGGCGGUCGGCGGGAUUCCACUUCCGGUAAUCUGCAUGUUUAUCCAGGGCUUCGCCCAGGUAAUCGCAUUUCCCAGCAUCAACACGUACUGCUUGGAUGUGUUUAAAGGCCGGAGCGCCGAAGUCAUAGCGGGGAAUUACUUCUUCCGAUACGCUAUUGCAGCUGUCGGUACUGCUUCAUGUUUGCCUGCAAUUCAAAGCAUUGGCGUCGGAUGGUUCAGUACAAUCACUGCCUUAUUUGUGUUCUUCGCCGCGGUUGCUGUGUACUGCGUCGUCAUAAUUGCCGCAAAGGAGGAUGCCAAAGUCAAUGAAGCGGUCUGA